UCUGCGCUGCCGCGGCAACCAGCACAGCUCGGCGCCUCCUCUGCGGCAGUCGCGCCUCGCGCAGUGCCGCAGCACACGCCUGAGUGGCGGAUCGCUGCUUGCCGCGGCCGGCGCCACCCUCGCGGGCUGUGGCUGCCCUGCGUGGCUGCGGGCGCCUCGGCGCCCCUGUGCUCCGAGUCGGUGCACGGUACGGCAUGGGAUAAGACGCAGCCAUGGUGCGCCGAGAUCGCCUCCGCAGGAUUUCAAGAUUCCGGUAUUGCUGUGGCGCAGUUUAGGAUUUGAAGUCCCUGGUGUUGCCGUGGCGUGAGUUACUGCAUAGGUGUGACUAGAACUUGCAUUUCGCUUAUUUUCACCGAGCGAUGAGGGAGUGGUGGGUGCAGGUGGGGCUGUUGGCGGUGCCCCUGCUUGCCGCCUAUCUCCAUAUCCCGCCGCCCCAGCUCUCCCCUGCUCUCCACUCCUGGAAGUCAUCAGGCAAAUUCUUCACCUAUAAGGGACUGCGCAUCUUCUACCAAGACUCCGUGGGUGUGGUUGGAAGUCCGGAGAUAGUGGUGCUUCUGCAUGGCUUCCCAACAUCCAGCUACGACUGGUACAAGAUUUGGGAAGGACUGACACUGAGGUUCCAUCGAGUGAUUGCCCUCGAUUUCUUAGGCUUCGGCUUUAGUGACAAACCGAGACCACACCACUACUCCAUAUUCGAGCAGGCCAGCAUCGUGGAGGCCCUGCUGCGGCAUCUGGGGCUUCAGAACCGCAGGGUCAACCUUUUGACUCACGAUUAUGGAGACAUCGUCGCUCAGGAACUUCUCUAUAGGUUCAAGCAGAAUCGAUCGGGUCGGCUCACCAUAAAGAGUCUCUGUCUGUCAAAUGGAGGUAUAUUUCCUGAGACUCAUCGUCCUCUACUUCUCCAAAAGCUGCUCAAAGACGGAGGUGUGCUGUCGCCCAUCCUCACACGGCUGAUGAACUUCUUUGUGUUCUCUCGAGGCCUCACCCCGGUCUUCGGGCCGUACACCCGGCCGUCUGAGAGCGAGCUGUGGGACAUGUGGGCAGGGAUACGCAACAAUGACGGGAACUUGGUUAUCGACAGUCUCUUACAGUACAUCAAUCAGAGGAAGAAGUUCAGAAGACGCUGGGUGGGAGCUCUGGCCUCUGUAACUAUUCCUAUUCAUUUCAUCUACGGGCCCCUGGACCCGGUGAACCCCUACCCGGAGUUUUUGGAGCUGUACAGGAAAACGCUGCCGCGGUCCACAGUGUCGAUUCUGGAUGACCACAUUAGCCACUACCCACAGCUAGAGGAUCCCAUGGGCUUCUUGAAUGCAUAUAUGGGCUUCAUCAACUCCUUCUGAGCUGGAGAGAGUAGCUUCCCUGUAUUAUCUCCCCCGUUCCCUUACCUGCUGUGUAUUCCACUUAGAAAGAAAUGCCCAAAAGAGGUCCUGGCCACCAAACACUCUUCUCUCACAAAGGUCCACCUGACGCACACUGGUGAACAGCACACAGUGAAAAGCCAGUAGACGCUCCGACCGAGCAAACAGUCCACCUCCCGUUCCUCUGACAUCCGAUCAAUGUAUGGACUUGCCUGUGCGUGGUUAGGAAAUUCCAUUGAGCACUCCUACUCACGGUUGCAGACAGACAGACAGUCUUUUGCACAAAAGUCUUGGCAUUUCUGUGGACUUGGCUGAAGCAUUUAGGAGUGCCAGUGUCUGGCCAAGGUCCAGUGUGAGUCUUACAGUAACAGUAAAGGACAAGGAGGCAGCGCCUGCCCACCUCUCCCUGGGCGGCUUUAAGGGCCCUCGCUUUCCUACGUUUCCUGAGCAGCACAGCUUCCAGGGAGCUGAGUCUCCCUUGUCCUAACUUUGAAUUAGUUUCAUCAGUUGCAUCUAAUUAUAGACAUUGUGUUAAGAUAGAUUAUUGUUUAAAUAAUGCAGUAUUCUAAGACUUUUGUUUAAAUGAUGCAGUAUUCUAAGUGUACUUUGAAACUAUGAUUUACUUACAUGUAUUAUGUAUAUUUUAGGAGGGUACUAAACCAGCAGACACUUACUCUGGCAGAAUAGUGACCCUUUUUAAACACAGUUAACUUCUGAAUAAGUUGAACUCAAUCCAGACUAUUUACAAAAUUUCUUAAAAAUCACAGGACAUUAAAGACCAACAGCUGAAUAAGUAGAACUCAAUCCAAACUAUUUACAAAAUUUCUUAAAAAUCACAGGACAUUAAAGACCAACAGCAUCUAUGCCAGAGGUUUACUGUUGUUAGCCAAUUUUAACAGCAAAUAACAGUCUGACUCUCAUACCUCAGUGCUUUGAAGCGUGUCCCUCCUGCACUAGCGUGGAGGGGAAGGGAGCGUCGCACAGUCCAAGUGACCGUGCUGAGUGGACACUGAUUUCUGAUCGCCCAGCUCCUCCCUGGUUGUCCCAGAGAGGCCGCCUCACGUAGCUCCUCAAUUCCUGUACUUUACAGACAGGAAAGUUCCAGAAACUUUGAGAGCAAUUCUGAAAGGCCUAUGAACAAAUGGUGCUGAAUCCUUUUUUCUUUUUAAAGCCACAGUUUUCAUUGUUUAGGUCCAAACAGUAUUAUUAAGUGAUUAUUUUAAAUUCUUCUUUUUAAAAUUAGCAACUUCAAGUAUAACAACU